ACUGAUCUUAAAUUGUUCAUUGUUGCAGGUUUUCCAACAUGCUCCCCAUUACCUUUCAUCCUGGCUUGCGGCUAACGGUGCUGUUGCUGCUUCAAGUCCAGCAUGGUAACUCUGUGCAGGACAUCCAAACCAGCCGUGACAACAUCCUGAAGAUCAAUUCUGCAGGGGAGAUGAUGCAGUGCUCUGCAGCCAUGGACAUCCUCUUCCUCAUGGAUGGCUCCUACAGUGUGGGGAAGGGCAGCUUUGAGCGGUCCAAACAUUUCGCAAUAAAGGUCUGUCAAGCCCUCGACAUCGGACCAGAUAAGGUGCGUGUAGGAUUCAUCCAGUUUGGUUCUGUCCCUCGGUUGGAAUUCGCUUUGGAUUCAUACACCACCAAGCAAGAGCUGAAGAUACGGUUGAAGAAGAUUUCCUUCAGAGGCGGCAGCACCCAGACGGGCCUGGCUUUGAAGUACGCGCUUUGGAAAGGUUUCACGGAUGGGCGCAACUCCUCAGCCGUGGCCUGCAUUGCCAUCCUCGUGUCAGACGGGAUGUCGCAGGGCAACGCUAUACAGGUGGCGGCCCAGCUCAAAGAGGAAGGCGUCGUCUUGUUCGCUGUCGGCUUGCGCUAUCCGAGAUGGGAGGAGCUUCAUGCUUUGGCUAGUGAGCCAGUAGGGAGCCACAUUUUCUUUGCUGAGCAUUUUUACGACGCUGUCAACGGCUUAUGCACGACGCUCACCGCCAACUCAUUUUGCAAUGCCACUCCUGCAGGCUGCCAGGUCGAGGCGUUCCCCUGUGAGAGAAAGACACUGGAGACGGCGAAGGAGCUGCAGGGGAAUUUCAUGUGCUGGAAAUGCUCCAAGGGUUAUUUUCCACACACAUCUCUCUGUCCAUACUACAGGUACAAGAAGGCCUACAAGAGGCACGCGAGCAUCUGCCAACGGACCAUCUGUCCUGAUCCAUGCGACUCACAGCCAUGUCUGAACGGAGGGACGUGUGUCUCGGCAGGUCCAGAGGACUACACUUGUGUCUGUCCGCCAGGCUAUGGAGGAGACCCUCACUGCGCUCCAGCUUUAUCGUUGGACUGUUCAAUGGACCUGCUUUUCCUGUUGGAGGGCUCAGCCACGCUCACCUUGGAAGGCUUCCUGCGCCUUAAAUCCUUUCUGAAGCGCUUCCUGCAGACCGUGAUGGGCUCCAACACGCCCAGCAAAGUUGGCUUGGCCGUGUUUGGCGGGGAGGCUCAGAUUGCGGGGAAAUUCAAAGGCGACCUCAAGGGUCUGCUUAAGGCCCUGGAUGCCCUGACACCUGUUGGCGGCCGGACCGAAACGGGCAAAGCGCUGCGAUACGUCACACGUAAUGGCUUUGUGAGCGCGCCGGUGUUCGCCGACGUCAGUGACGACCUGCCCCGCGCGGUGGUGCUGCUCACUGGCACGCCCUCCGCGGACCCGGUAGUGGAGCCAUCUAAGUACACACGGGACCAGGAGAUCUUCCUCAUCGCGGUUGGACCGGACAGAUUGAAAGGACAACUGGAUAACAUCACAGGAAACCCUCAAAGGACCCUCACCUACACCUCUCCUGACUGGCUUGCUGCCAAAAUCCCUGAACUCAAGGCCAAGAUCUGCAGCGUGGAUACACAAGGAUGCCUGGAUCAAGCAGUGGACCUGGUGUUCGCCCUCGAUGCCUCUGGUGGCGUCAGCCGCGGCAAUUUCGCCACCCUUCGCGACUUUGUGCGCAGCCUCACCGUCCAGUUCGACAUCAACCGCGACCUGGCCCAGGUGGCACUGGUGACCUACGGUCACAAAGCCACCACCGUCUUCAACCUGAAUGCCCACGAGACGGACUCCGCCAUCCUCAAGGCGGCGGCUCAGGCCAGCUAUGUCGGCGGGGUGGCGUCGACGGGCGCCGCCUUGCUCCACAUUCACACCGACGUCCUCACCGUGGCCAAGGGAGCGCGUCCCGGCAUCAACAAGGCGGUGGUACUGGUGACUGACAGCUCAGGUGAUGCUUUGGUUCCUGCUCGGAAGUUACGUGAGGACGGAGUGUUGCUGUUUGUCAUCGGCAUCGGAGACGUGCAGAGGGAAAGCCUGCUGCGGAUUGCCGGCUCGGAGGAGCAUAUGAUCUUGGUGCCGUUUUACGAGGACCUUAAGUACUUUGAGGAUGUGGUGGUGCAGACGCUGUGUUCAGGAAGCACCAGAUUUUUAUCGAGAGGAGAUCUUCGCAGACCUGUUGGUCUGAGGAAGAACAACAAAAGGCAGAAGAAGAGUCACCAGGAGUUCCUUUACCACGACAAACAGCACCGCAGGAGACAGGCAGCCUGACGUACACGCACAUGCACACACUCACUCAAAACACAAACAAUUUCACUCACGAUGGACUCUUCAUUCACCGCCAAGGACAUUUAUAAAAUCAACAAUUAAAUUUUCCAUGAUGCAAUAGGCACUACGCAUGUGUUUUUAAAUGUGUAAUCAUUUUAAUUCCAAUCCUUCCAAGACCAAAGUAAGUUUGCCUCAAAAGGUCAAGUUAUGUUUUAUGUUUACAUGAUACUUUUAUAUGAUUUUUAUCACCUCUGGGAUGCGUUCAAUAUACCUGACAGCUACAUUGCUACUGUAUUUAUAGUGUAAAAUUGUGUCUUUGAAACGCAGUGAGAUUGUUUUGUACUUUUUCCCCCUGCUUUAUAUCACAUCAUCGGAGGACAAGCACUGGGUAUAAGAUACAUAAGUUCAAAACAGCUUUAUUCUAUUUGUAGAGCUUUGUUUUGUAUUGAUCUCAUUAGAUUGUAUAGCUAAUAUAGUGAAUGUGUGUUUCUGUAAAUUCCAUGAUUGUUUACAGGAACAUUUUCUAGUAAAGUGAA